AUGGGAGCAGCCAGUGGUGAGCAGGGGGCCCCAACGGGUCCUCCCCGGCUAGUCCCUCAGGACUUCAAUAAAAUGUACCCGUUCGCGAGAGUCAAAGUGGAAAAGAAUGGAACGGUCACUUUCGAUGGGCUGGCUGGCUACAUGCUAUCGCUUCUGCAGCAGUCCAUGGGCUUCAAGAUAAUUCCUCGGCUUCCCCCAGACACGGCGUGGGCAGGUCGCAACGCUCAGGGCGUCUGGGCCGGCCAGCUGGGAAUGGUCUACCGAAACGAAGCUGAUCUUGCCAUCGGACCGGCAACACCGACCGAGGAAAGGUUCACUGUUGGCCAUGCUUUGCCAAACUACUUUGACACGGUCGCCUGUCAUGUGGCAGGUAGACUCGUGAGCCACGUCUCGAACGUGGCUGGCCACAUCGGAGGAUUCGACACGCAGGUGCCAAAUCACUCCAUCUAA